AUGGAGGGUGAUCAAACCCAACAGAGACUAACGGAAGGAAAGUCCUCUACAAUACAUGGAAUUAUGAAUGUUAAUCAUCGCAUAAUAACGAAUGCGGGCGUCGAAAAAGUUGGUUUAAUAACGAGGCUCGUCGAGUUUCUUGCCACGAUAGGCUCGCUUCUUUUGGUGAUGAUUACACUUCCAUUCUCCCUUUGCUGUUUGUUCAAAGUCGUGCACGAGUACGAGAGGGCCGUUGUUUUUAGAAUGGGUCGCUUGAAAGGCGGAGCUCGCGGCCCAGGAACUUUUAUCGUCGUGCCGUGCAUUGAUUAUUGUGUGCGAGUAGAUCUGAGAACGGUGUCCUUUGACGUACCGCCGCAGGAAGUGCUUACCAAAGACUCCGUCACUGUGAGCGUCGACGCAGUCAUCUAUUAUCGUAUAAAGGAGCCUCUAAAUGCCGUCAUCAAAAUUGCAAACUAUAGCCAUUCGACACGAUUACUGGCCGCUAGUACGCUACGAACGGUUCUCGGCACGAGGAGUCUAGCCGAGAUCCUGUCCGAGCGGGAAACCAUAUCCCAUACCAUGCAGACCGCUUUGGAUGAGGCAACGGAUCCUUGGGGAGUCAAAGUAGAGCGAGUUGAAAUAAAGGACGUCCGACUUCCGGUGCAGCUUCAGCGAGCCAUGGCCACGGAGGCGGAAGCCGCGAGAGAGGCGAGAGCCAAAGUGAUUGCAGCGGAAGGAGAGAUGCGAGCUUCUCAUUCCCUGAAAGAGGCUAGCGAUGUCAUUUCCACGAGUCCCGCUGCUCUGCAGCUGCGAUACCUGCAAACGCUGAAUAAUAUAUGCGGCGAGAAGAAUUCAACAGUAAUAUUACCAUUGCCAAUUGAAUUUCUAACUCCUUUACUCACCCCAACUUUGCGGACUUAUCAGCAAACUGCGACGGAAUCUUUACUCAAAGCGGAAGAUAAAUAAUAAAAAUUAUACAUGUAUACUUUGUGUGUUUAUAUUAUAAUAAU